AUGGGGACGGCUUGCGGGCGUGCCGCCAGCAUUGCCACCAAUUCCCAGGCCACUCGAAACUCCGUCCGGAAAGCUCAGCGGAUAGCGUAUGUUUGUGACGUGGAGGGCCAUUGGGACUUCUUCUGCAACUUUGUGGAGCUCUGUGAGGGGGUUAAGUUCAAGCUGCCGGGCAAUGACGGCCGCAAGGCUCGCACCUCGCAAGAGUUGGAGCUGGAGCUGGCUGACGGCUGGCUCUUUGUCUUCGGCGGAGAUGGCUGCGACAAAGGCCCUGGGACGCUGCGCUUCUUGGAGGCCAUGGUGAUGCUGAAGAGGAAAUACCCCUCCAGAGUUUUCCUGAUCCUGGGCAAUCGAGACCUGAACAAGAUGAGAUGGACUUCAGAGCUGACCCCGUCAGAGCUGAAGCGCAUCAAAGAGGUCCCUCGGGCCUUCUGGCAGUCCCGUCUCCCCGGCAACUGUCCCACGCACUGGGAGUAUCUGAGGAGAACGGUCGCACAGGAGGAGGGCUUGAACGAGGAUGAAGUGACGGAGAGGAUGAUCCAGAAUCGGAAUACCAAAGCGAACAAGUUACGGUACAUGCUGGACUGCGACAUGGGAUCCGUGGGGGACUUCGAGUUCAGGCGAGAGGAACUAGCCCACUUGCUGAACGUGCGCAAGGAGGAGGUCACGGACGAGGAUGUAGUCGAGAGCUACGAGCGGAGUGUCGCUCCGGGUGGUGUGAUGAGGAAAUUCCUAAACCUCGGGCAGCUCGCUCUCCUGAUUGACGGGACGCUCUUCGUUCAUGGCCAGAUCAUUGGCAACCAGUUCCCACCGGAUCAAGUCAUAGGGGCAGAUGAUGAGAAUACUGCAUGGAGCUUGGGCGUGGUACCUGGUGAGGAACAACGAGAGGAGUGUCUGGAGACGUGGAUCGCGAAGAUCAACAGCUGGGCAGCCUCCGAGAUCAGGGACUGGCAGCAUCGUCCGCAGUGGGAGGUGCCGCCGAAAGUGUCGACCUUCGAGUCUUGGUCCCAGCGCGGGGCCUCGGAGCUGAUCGCCUACGGCACCCCGGGCACCCGGUAUCCCACCGUCAUCUACUGCAGGUACUUGACGGAGCAGAGCAUGCCCCUUCCCUUGCCGGACAGCAUGGUGGAGUACUUGAAGCAGUAUGGCGUGAAGUUCGUGGUAGUGGGACACACCCCGCACGGCAACGCUCCGACGGUGAUCAUGCACGACGGGGUGACCUUGAUCAUGGGCGACACCUCCUUCAGUGACGUGAAAGCCAACCGCUUCUUCCAGGGCGACAACCGCGGGACCGCGGCUUGCAGCAUCGAGUACCGUGGCCACGCUUGGUGCGUGCACGGGGAGACGGACAAGGGCCAGGGCUUCGACUACUCCGUCGGCCCCGGCAUCACACCGGGCUGUGAUCCGCUCGUGGGUCGCUUCACGAAGCCCACAAAAGAAGGCAAGCAGUUCUUCGUGAAAGCCAAGCUGAAGAACACCGAUGAUGAGUCGCAGUACUUGCUGAGUCACGUGCAGGGCUUUCGCUACGAGUAUGCCGUGUCCAGCAACGCAGAGGUGGCCACGGCCAUCGAGGAGGGCUCAGUCCACUUCUUGUCGGAGAAGCUGCUGAUGGAGUUCCUGGAGCAGGACGUGAUGUCCAAGAUCCGGCAUCUCUUUCACAUGCUUGACAUGAAUGAUGACGGCACCAUCUCCAUGACGGAGCUUGUGGUCGCCAUCAACGAUCCGCUCUUCCGCCGUGGCCUGCGCAGCAUCUUCCCGACCUUGGACCCUGUCUCCUUGCUUGGCAGCGCCACGCUGAUGGAUGGAGAGCUGGGUCCCGAGCAGUUCCACGACCUCUGCAAGAAGCAUGCCGACAAGGGCAAGCUCGAGAGCUGCAUCUACUUCCCCCUCGUGGUUUCUGGUGAGCCCUCAGCGGUGGGAGCUUUCCCCAAGGCGCUUCCCAAUUUCAACUGCAUUCCGACCAAGUACGUGCAGCCCGGCCACCUCACCGUCUUCAAAGGCCACUUUGACAGCUGGUUCCAGCAGCCCAGAAGCUUCGAGUGCGACCUCUCCCGGCUCAAGUGCCCCGAGUCCUCGCAGAUGAGCGUAUUCUGCAAGUCGCUGAAGCCUCACAAAGCUGCGACAUCUUGCAUGUCGGCGAUCGCGGCACUGAACAUUCCGGAGGCGGAACGAAGACGCUUGAAGAUCCCGGCAGCAGGGCAGUAUUUUGCCUGGAGCUAUCCUUUCUCUUUGGUCCGCAGCUGGAAGUCAUCCACAUCGGAGCUUCCGAAGCCGGAAGCCAGCAUGGACCCCGAUGUGGCUUUCCUUACUGUUGGUGGCUUUGUCUACUUUGACGACAACUACCAGCCAGUGCACAUCAACGCUGCAGUGCCCGACCCAAAGGGUCGCCUGAGAUUCGGACCGCCCAGGCACCAUGAGCAAUUAGAGGACGAGUAG